AAUGAAAAUAAAAAUCAUUAAUAAAUUCCAAGCUGUUAAAACUUGGAUUAAUCUUCAGGCACCGCUCACUGGAGCUGCACUGAAAUAAAAUCAAACCCCCUUUCUUCCUGUCGCUUCGACGUCAGAGUCCCUGCUGUCACGUGACUGGAGUAGUUUCUCAGAGGUGUUGUUCCAGUAUGGCCGAGCAAGCGGUGACAGGAGACAGAGGGGUGGUGCACAGAUUGCUGUCUGUUGUUGGUGCUGACGGUGUGGUGGACAGCAUGUGGGGAUACGUGGACACCACAAUGAGGUGGUGCUGGAUCCCUAACUGGCUGCCGUCAUGGUGUCCCACCUCUCAGGUCCAGCUGCAGACUGCAGAGGACAAGAUGCUGCGCUGUGUCGACAGCAUUUUCUCCAAACACUACACCCCCAUCUCUAACGAGAACCACCUGUGGACCCUGACCCUGAGCAGUGACCACGUCAAACACAAAACCCCCAUCGUUCUCCUGCACGGGUUUGGAGGUGGAGUGGGUCUUUGGGCUCAGAACCUGGAGGCGCUCUCUCAGCGUGGACCAGUCUAUGCUGUGGACCUGCUGGGCUUCGGGCAGAGCAGCAGGCCUCAGUUCUCCAAGGACACCCAGGAGGCAGAGGAGCAGUUCGUGGAGUCCAUAGAGCAGUGGAGGGCUGAAACAGGUCUGGAGUCCAUGAUACUGCUGGGACACAACCUGGGCGGAUACCUGGCUGUGUCAUACUCGAUUAAAUAUCCACACAGAGUGAAGCACAUACUGCUGGUGGAGCCCUGGGGUUUUCCAGAGCGACCCAACACAGUGGAGGCAGACCGUCCCAUCCCCGUGUGGAUCAAAGCUUUAGGUGCCAUGUUCAGUCCCUUCAACCCUCUGGCUGGCCUUAGAGUAGUCGGACCGCUCGGUCCCACCCUGGUUCAGACCCUGAGACCCGACUUCAAGAAGAAAUUCUCCUCCAUGUUCAGUGACAACACAGUGUCUGAGUACAUCUACCACCUGAACGUACAAACCCCCAGUGGAGAAACAGCUUUUAAGAGUAUGACCGUUCCCUACGGCUGGGCAAAGAGGCCAAUGCUGCAGAGGAUGGACAAGCUUCAAUCUGAGAUCCCCAUCACCAUCAUCUACGGAUCCCGAUCCAGUAUAGACAGCAACUCAGGCAGCACCAUCAAAGAGAUGAGGCCGAGCUCUCAUGUGGAGAUCAUAACGAUACGUGGAGCCGGACACUAUGUGUACGCUGACCAGCCUGAGGACUUCAACCACAGAGUUGUGCAAGUGUGUGAAAAGUUUGACUGAAGCAGAAGUGAGUCUGGUUACUGAACUCUGGGAAAAGGGGGAGCAAGAUGAACAUAGAUCACUUUUACCGCCAGUGUGGAAACACAGGAUCCCACUUCCUCAUGCAGGGAUGAGAGCUAUUUGCACAUAAAGACAUUUAAAAGGAGCAGUUAUGUGACUGUCAUCAUGUUAUUUCACCACUGAGUUAUUUUCCACUGAGUUAGUGAACACACGCUGACGUUAUCAACGAGUCCCCUGCUAAAUGCUCAAUGACCAGCAUUCUGUGGGCCUGUAUCACAUGCUCCUUUUACAUUAUACUGUGCAGCGCACACAUACAGUAGGUGGUACCGCAGCCUCUUCGUCACUUGAUUGAAGCAUUAGUUAUACUGAAUUCUCUCACAAUCGCCUCUCUCAAGUGCAGUGAAGAAAGAAGGCAUUUGAAAACACUCUGCUUGACGCAAAACCACAAAGUGUUCAGUGAGACGAACGCAGCCUUUCAAAGUCCAACUAAUUAAACUAAUUCAAGAAGUGUCCCUUAUAUCAUGUCAGAGGAGCUUGGAUGUAAACAAACCUCUCUGUUAGGAGGACUCAACAUUAAGGGCAGUAAUUCAUCACAUGAAACAGUGAUAUCAUAUUGAGGCUCACUGUAACAGAAUCAGUGUCAUGAGUUCAGUCUCUCAUGUGCUGAGCUGUUUGUGGUUUUCCAUAUGAUACAGACAGGAAGUGUUCUGAAUCAGCAGCUGUCGAUUGAUCUGCACCUCUUUUUAGAGUCUGACCUCUGUGCCUCUUUGAUAUCUAACAUUUGUUUUAAAUGCAUAAAUUAAAUAGAUACUUAAGGUGCAUUUCAACCAAGAGUUCCGGGGUCUUUUAGCCAGAAGUACUUUACCCAGAACUAAAAGGUUUCCCUUAGCCCCCAUUGUUGUCUGCGUUUCAACCACGGGCUGAAGUCCUGGGUAGAUUAUGCAAAUCAGGUCAGUGACUAUGGAGAAAAAAACUAGUAAAUGCACUACACCACCAGACCAGUAGAGGGCAGUAAAACAAAGACGAAUGCCAUUCAUCACAGAUGACACCUGGCGCUGUUUUAGAUGGUGCUAUAUUUCAUCACAGAUGGAUUCACUGAAUAAACACGUGAGAGGAGAUAAGCGCGAGCAGCAAAGACGUUUCAACACGACUUUAAAAUCGUUUUUAACGCAAGAAGCCUUGGCAGAGAUCAGCCUGUGUUUUGAUUUAAACAGCGACCCUGUUAACUGCCGACUUUCAGCUGGAUGCAUCCCUCAUAAACGUCUUUAGACAAUCAUUAAUUAUCUGAUGAGGAUAUUUUGAAAUCUUAAUAGAAAUUAAACUAGUUUGCAUUCCCAGGAACUCCCUCUGUGUUUCAACAGCUUUGUAAACUCCACAAACACUGACAUGUUCAGCUGAAGGUCUCCAGUUUACAGGGUCACUUUUAAAACCGGAACACCAGGAGAGACGCAUUUGCAGCUGGCUGAGAGAAGACUACUGUUACAAGCUGCUAAAUCAAGAGAAUCACAGCUUCUUCUUCUUUUGAAAAGUUCACACAUACAAAAAAGAUAGAACAAAUAAAAACUAAUGAAAGAAAGAGAAAUCAAGUGAAUCACAGAUGUGUGUGAUGUUAAUGUGGACAGCAGGCAGAAUAAAAACACUGGGGUUAAUCUACCAAUCAGACACGUUCAGCAUUGCAGGCCCUGCCCCCCGAAAGUCCCAGGACCUUUGAAAAGUACUACCCCCCCAAGCAGGGGCUUUUUAGGGGGGAGAUUAUCUACCCCUGAACUAAAUUUAGACCCUGGAUCCACAGGUCGAAACGCACGUAGUUCCGGGGUAAAGUUCCUCCGGAGAAAAAACACCUUUAGAUACUUAAUUGAAUGUUUGCAGCAGCCUCAAUCACAGUCAGUACUCUGCAUCAGCACUGAACAUGAGAAUAUUUAAGUACAUAAAGACACUAAAAAUGUCUCUAAAACACACAAAUGUUACAUGAAAUAUAUUAAAAGUGUCACAGUUUGCAUAUGAAUGCAUAAUUAAAUUAUUUGUGGAAGCCUGGUAUGUAUAGGUAUUUAUAGUUUCUAUGUCAACAUAGUCUUUGUUUUCCUAUGACUCACACGCAGCACACUGAGUGCUUGUGUGACGUUCUUUCAGCACACAGAGAUCUCCUCAGCUGUGCCUGUCCUACAGUGUUCUGGUAAAAAUAUUCAUCCUUGUCUAAUGGGGAUGCAUCAUUGUGUGAGGUAUUUACCCUGCUAACAGACCUCUCCAAUCCAUAAAUAUUGUGCCAUGAGCUGAUAUGUUUUUGUCACGUUGCAUCGCUUUAGAGCAGGCAGGCUAGGAGGGCAGAAGAAGUCACCUGUUGGACGAACUGAUGUGUUUUAAUGGUGAAAGAAAAUGUUGUUAGUGUGAAAGCUGAGAAAGAUCAGAGACAUGCAGUUUUUAGAACAAAUUUUAGUGACAUGUGAAGAGGAGAGACUUCUACCAACAAUUAAAACACAUCAAAUCUCA